GAAGUGUAGUGUUCUAGAAAAAGGAAUUGAUUUUUGAGGAAUAAAAUUAUUAGUUUUAAAAAAUUAAUGGACCUGAUGACUGAACCAGAGCUUGAAUUUAGACCCAAUGAAGAAUUUCUUCAUCAGUUAGUUUCUAUGGGAAUAAAUCACGAUAUUGCUGUUCAGGCAUUAUUUUGUACGGGAAAUACAUCACUAGACGAAGCAGCAGAAUAUGUGUUUAACAGUCAAGAGGAAGAUGCUAGGACCUUUGGUAGUCACGAUGCAAAAGCAGAUAGUUCUGAUUCAGAUGGAGGAGAGCCUGCUGAGUAUUAUAAAAUGACGUUUGUUGUAAAUAGUUCUCUAAAAAUGGGCGUAGGCAAGAUAGCGGCACAAGUAGGUCAUGCUUGUUUGGGGUUAUUUCGAGAAAUUAUGAUGGAUAAAAAGGAUGAACUCGGCAAUUGGGAAUGUUAUGGAGAGAAGAAAAUAGUACUAAAGGGUAUUGAUGAAUCUCACUUAAAAGAGCUUUACGAAAAAGCCAAGGAGAAAAACAUUCCGUGUUAUCUCGUCAGAGAUGCAGGACACACACAGAUAGCCCCAGGAUCUGUAACUGUUCUCAGUUUGUUUGGAUUGGAAGAGAAUGUUAAUAGUGUGACAGGAAAACUUAGUUUGUUGUGAUAUGUUUUAUAAAUCCACAAAGUAGCUAAAGUACUAAUACGUUUUUUGGUUGGACUGAGUAUGUAUUACAUGAGUUGUUGUUAUUAUUAUCAGUAGGUAGAAAACUAUUAGUUUGUUACUAGGAUUAUUGGUGUAUGCUGAGAGUUUUGCUGUAUUUUAAAUGAUAGUCUACAUUAGUAGUGAUGUGGUAUGCUAUUUUGUGACAAAACAAAUAAUUAUCUAACCUUACACUAAUGUAGUCUGUUAAUAGAGUCAAAGUUUUACAUAUAUAAAACUGAUCGUUUUAUCAUAGAUAUUAUUUUUAACUCAAUUUUUUAAUAAAAAUAAUCCCGCAUUUGUGUUAAUUAUAAGUGAAAUGAUAAUUCAAAUAAUUUAAGCUACCAGACAUACAUUUCUUAAUUAUUUAGCACUUUUAUUAAUCAUAUACCUAUAUCAACAAAAUAUUCCAAUAUCGGCUUAACAGUUUACAUUUUGCUAUACUACUUAUUGAAUAAUUUAUAAUAUAUAUGUAUGUAUUGAU